GCUGCUGUGCAAGUAUGGCGGCCAAAUAGGUUAUAUGUGAUUUGGAUAUAGUAUAGAUUUUCAGUGGAAAUUAUCAUGCAGGUUUGUUUUCACUACGGCUGUACUCCUGUUAUCAAGAGCAGGAGGCCUAUGCCUAUUUUAAACUAUAUAGUAUUUGUGUGUGUCCCCUUAUCAGAUACUGACUGAUUAGGCUUAUAUUAUUUAAUUUUAAUAAAAAUAAUGAGUAUGAGUUAUGAGUCAACUCAAUAUGAAUACAGAAUACAGAACAGAUUAGUCACACUUGACACACAGUGACUCACGUUGAAUUAUUAUAUUGGCCAAUCCAAUAGUUAUUAUCACAAUAUUCUACAUAUUAACAAUAUGAAGAAUGAAAACAAAUUACUAUUACCACUAUGACCUAUGACCAAGCGACUAAGUAAGAGGCCGUUAGUUCAGUUAGGGUAGGGCCCGGUAGGGUGACCAAAUCAUGAACUGGAAAAAACGGGACACUUUCAAGAAAGGAAGGUCUUGGGGCACUGGGGGAAUAGUAUACCAGUACCUAAAAACAUUAUUGCAAACUGUGCACUCGGGUUCACUUUCAUAGCGUCAUUUUUUAAUAUAUUUCCACUCUUUGGAAUACUCCUCCAUAAACUUACAUUGACGCUUGGGCAUAAUUAUUAAUGAUUAUCUACAUGAGAAGAUAUUAAGAUACUAUAAAAUUAAAGAAUAAGGUUCAACACCCAAAACAAACACUUGUCACUCUGACAUGAACAGGCCAGCUGGGAUCACACAUAAGACUAACUUAUUACGUGUAGUGGUAGCGGAAUUAAAAUUGGUUUCUGCGCAGUUGCAUCCUCCCCUCCCCCCUCGCUGCUUCAAGUCUCGUGUCUUUCGCUAUACUAUACAUUUACAUUUAAGAUCUAUGGCAGGGACACUGGUGGAGGGGAACAGUGCAGCCACCACGCGAGCCCACAUCACUACAAUGGGUACGAUCAUGAAAAAAUGGGAUGUUUGGUCACCCUAAGUUAGGGUCUCAUUUUUUCAGUCAGUAGCCUAGGCCUAAGCCUAAGCUGAGAGUAAACUAUUUAAGAUUAGUACAUUAGUAAACUUAUAACUUUAAUUAAUUUUUGUUAAGUUAUAAAGUAAAUAGACUUAGUCUUGAGUCUUAGAAAAGUAGUAGCAAUGCCCAAUGUGUCAGAGUGAAGUCGUAGCAAUAGUAGAAGGGCUAUGCUUAUACUUAUACUAAAUUAUACACAAUAGAUAGUCAAGAAUAGUAUAGUCAUAGUUAGACUUAGUAUUUAAGUACUAUUACUAUGAUUGAAUAUUUUUACUCAGGCCAUUAGGCUACCCCCUUACUACUUCUCUCAACUAGAAAUAACAUUAACACACCCAGUGACUUAUAACUUAUUUUACUAGGGCUAGGGUGUAGUUAUUAGACCAGAGACCAAUCUAAGACUAAGUCAUACUAGUCAUAUUACUCACUGUAACUGUAACAAAUAGUUUGAAAUAGACCUAAGCCUACAAGGCUAGAACUAGUAGCCUAGAGAUUGACAUACAGUAAGAUACAGGAUGGUCAUUUUUGUGAACACUCCAAGGUUUCAAAGUCAAUGUAAAUUGUGACAAUUUUAUAUUCAUAAUUAUAACUUUAGAAAUAGAUUACUUUAAAUUCAUUUAGAACUUUGGAGCAAGUAAUAUUAAUAUGAUGACAGAAUCACUCUCAGAUGAUAAGGUUUAAAUUAAAAUUUUUUUAAGGAUUAAAAGAUUAGCCCACCAAUUAGGCCAAAGUACUAAAAAUAUUAGUAAUAAGAGAACUUAUAAUAUCUUCUACUCAGUCUACUGCGUGGAUUUACCCACACUACUUAUGUAAUCAACAAAAGAGUAUUUAAAUUUUGAAAUUGACCUUUCAAACUUUGUAAGCAGGUUUUGAAUUUUUGAAAUCUUCAUUUUGAUUUUGGUAAUGACUUGACUCACUUUCAUUUGAAUCUCCUGUUUUCAAAUUCAAUUUAGAGUUAUAGUGUGACUUAGCAGUAUUAAAUUUAAUCUUAUCAGCAGGUAUCAUUAACUUUAUUUUUCUCUACAUCUUAAAUUUUCAGCAAAGAAGAAUGGAUUCUAACUUUCGCAAGCGAAUGAGGCGUCGCCUUUAUUAUGGAGACAUGGCCGAUUUGGAAGAGCCUUCCCUUCCAUUAACAGGUUAAAUUAACUAUUUUUAUGUUAUCUAAGUUCAUUUGACUUUGACAUUACAGUGAAGCAAAUAAAAAAUCUAUUUGUUUUAAUAUAGUAGUUGAAAAUGAAUCAAGUGAUUUGAUUUUGUAUUACAUUUACAUUCCUCAGAACUCGCUGUUGAUUAUUUCCAUGAAAGCGUCCCUGAAAAGCUAGGUCAUGUUGAUCUGUAUACAGCAUCUAAUGUCAUCAGGUGAUCUCAGUUUUAAAAAAAAUCAUUUUGACAAAGGGAUUUAUUUUUUUAAAAAUAGAUACCAGCUUAGCUUUCAACAACAUCCCACUCAAUACUAAAACCAUACAGACCAACCUAUGGAAUUAAAAAAUCUGUACAAAGUAUGGGUAAACCAUACAGGUUGGCUUGUGCUAAUACUGACAACCACAAGUUUAAGUAUUCAUAGCCAUUCAAGAUUUUGUGGAGUCAGUUAACUCAUUCCCGGCGGUUGCGACUAAAUGCGUCCUUUACGGGUUUUGCCGGAUGCGUCCAAAUGCGUCCCGGCGCAUAGCAACACACCUCUCUUAUUUUUAGUUAAAAAUAGCAAUGAAAUCUCGCGUCCCUCGAGACUUCCGGCUAUGGCGUGAUUUUUGCGUGAUUUUAAUUUAGAAACCGGAAGUUUUUAUCUUGUUUCACUUUAAAACUACGUGUGCUUAAUUUAAGUACGGCAUGUCUAAAUGUAGCAUGUGUUCAUCCGAGGUGCCGAAAAUCGAUUUUUUUUGCCAUUGUUUGUUAUUUUUUCCCCGCUAAUGUUAUAUUUAUAUUAAACCUUAUUCAUGUUUUGUUGCAUUUGUUCUUAAUUCAUUAACAUUAAAUAAUAUUUAGCAACUUAAAAAAAUAUUUUAAAAAUAUAAAUGAAUUUCAAAACUGAGUUGCUUCCCUUUUCUCAGGAAAAUAAAUUAAGUCCGGAAGCAGCGCUGCCGGAGGGAAUGAGUUAAUGUCUGUGCAGUUUCUCUAAAUUAUGUUGAUUCACAACAUUGAAAAUCAUCAGUUACUUAAGAGAUGCAAUUUAAUUGCUUCAAAAUAAAUUUUAGACUCGCUGCUAAUUCAUUAGUAGAUUGACAAUACUGAAAUGUUUGUAGGGUGUGAAAUGAUGCUAAAGCAGAAAGUAAUUGUACUGAUUAAUUUCUCUCCUGAUUUUUUUAAAGUACAGUGAGUUGUAUUCAUUUAAAAAAAAAAUUAAAUAUCUUUCUUUAUAAUAAUAAAUUGUUUGUUGCAGAUGCAAUAAAGUCUCACCUUGCUCAGUGGUCCUGUCCAUGCUGUAUGCGAAGAGGCUGAGACAGAAAAACAAGGAAUAUCUUCAAACCAUGUCUUCCUCUGAUAUUUUCUUUAUAUCCAUGGUGAGUCUUUACAAAACAAGAUGAUUUUUCAGAAGGCAUCUUAGUACCAUAGGUUCUCUUUUUAAUGCUGGUCACAUUCUGCCCGGAAUUCGUAGCCUCCCAAAACUUCAUGUACCCUAGCCUAAGGACGCCUAGUUUACCACUUAAAAAGAUCACAAUUAGAUAUAUUUAUAGCAAGAUAGAGACUGCAGAAGGAAAAUAUAAUAUGCUUGGCAAGGGAUGUACCAAAGAACCUCAUACUGUGUUCUUGAAAUGUGCACAUAAUUCAAAGCACUUGUAUAUCAAAGCAAAUUUCCAAAUAAAUAAGAAAACUCUAAUAAUUCACUGGGCAACCUAAAAGAUUAUCAUACCGAUGAUUAUCACAAAAUAAAUUUUUAUAUAUGUAUUAUUUAAAUUUAAUAUAAAAAUCAGUAGAUUAAAUUUAAUUGUUGCUGUUGUGAGGUAGAUGACAGAAACGAGAGCAUUAUUGCGAAGGAUGAAUGUUGAUUUACAACAAUAAUUUUCUUUUCAUUAGCUACAGCACAGUGUAUAUGUACUACUCAUAUUGUGAAAGAUCACACAUUUAUUGUAAAAAAAACCGUCUAGUCUUGCGAAAUGCUAUCAAACUAAGCUACUUGUAAUCUUAGGUUUUAAACUGUUUAAUGUUUUGCUUCUGUCCCUUGACCAUAGAAGAUUAGAACCAGUUAGCAGAAGCUUCAAAAUAAGUUUUGUUAUUCAGUUCAACAAUUUUCUUACAUUUUCAUUGUCUUCAAAUUCUUGGUAGUUAUAAAUGUUGUGCAUUAUGAUAAAAAGUCUGACCGGAAACAUGAUUAUUAAUCAUAUAUGUCUUGUUUAUUUUUCUUUUCGUAAUUUAUGUUUUUAUUACUUACAACUUUUAGUUGCUAUGUACUAAUGAUAAUGAUCUUGUGUCACUCUUCUACUAAAAAGAUCAUUUUAAAAAAAAAACUCUGUGGAUAACUAGACAUUAAUAUAAAUAUAAAAUUAAGCCUUCAAGGAUAAAGAUUGUUUUUUCACCAGGGUUCAGUUUUUAAGCAUUAUUACUAUCAUAUGUGGCAUUUUCAUGAAAUGAAUAUCCAGCUACCAUUAUAAGAAAACUAAGAUGUUUUUUUUUUUACACCUGUUAUAUUUAAGUUGUAGGGUCCUGUUUGGAUCUAGGGCAUCCAUUCUAUGUUUAAAAAGUACAUUUUUUCCUUUCAUGGCAACACUGUUUUUUUUUGUUUAUCUUCAGAUGAUGGCCAGCAAGUACUUGUAUGAUGAAGGUGUUGAAGAGGAAGUCUUUAAUGACGAAUGGGCUGAUAACACAGAUCAAGAGGUAGAUGAUGUCAACCAAAUGGAAAUGGACUUUUUGCAGGCAAUGGUAUGUUGCUUCCCCAAAGAAGUUUUGUCUCUCUGUUAAGUGCAACGUAUCCAAGUUAAAUGUUUAAUUAUAGCACGUAUUUACUGCAAACUAGAACUUGCACGGUUGUAAUAAUUUCAUAGAAAUUAUUGCAUUGUUAUGUGUGGAGUGGAGUUUAAGAAUUAUGAUUGUUUCUGUCAUUCUCUACACUGCUGCAUUUUCUUUCUAUAUUUUCCGAGUAGGGGACUUGAGACUACUGCUCCUUCUUAGUCUUUUUUCAUUCUGUUCAGUAGAUAAGCAAAAUGUUGUUUAAAAUUUAAACUCAUGUAUUCCUGAUGAAUGUUUGUAGCCAAAGCAUAUUUAUUUUAUAAAAGCCAACCCUAAUUGUUGCAUACACAUAAAAAAUGUUAAGUCCUUGAAAUCUUUUUAUUUUGAUGUAACAGGACUGGAGACUCUUUGUAAAACCGGAUGAAUUUGAGGAUACCUUAGUUGCCAUAGAGAGAAGGUGAGAUGGAUUAUAAUCUAAGCUAUGUUGGGCUUUCAAAUACCAAUACCCAUUGCUCUGAUUUCUUUUGAGCAGGAAUUCCAGCAGCCCAAUUAUCCCUGCUAUCCCUGUUAAUUUCAAAACAUGUAUCUCACAGAAAAGAAAGAUCAACUGCACAAGCUAGUAGAUGAAAAGGGGUCCCUGGGGUGUUGACACUAUUUAACAGCUUAAGUAAAUUAUACUAAAAUUGUGCUAACUUUCAGCAUUACUUUAGAUGAAAUAAUUUUUAAUCUUCAUAUUACCCGACUUCUGGUUUCAAAGCUAACCAUCAGAAGUCUUGAGGGAUCACUUUUGGCAAGGUCUGGCAGAGUAUAGUUUGAAAUUGUUCUUUUUUUGGUUAUUUUGUUUAGACUGGCGUUGCGAGAAGGAUUAAAGAGAAACUGGUUUACCUAUGCCGAACUUGACGUGCUGUUGAAUGCCGACCUGAUGGGAACUCUGUGGUUACAAGUUGGACUGGAGUGUUCCAAGGUACUAUUGAGCUACCAAAUAUUUAUUUAGAUGAUGAGCUAGUGUUUUGUAUUGGUCAGGGCUUUAUUGUAAACUGAAUUUUUUUGUUUUUUUUCCAUCGACCCUACAACAAACUAGAGUGGACUAACCAUUUGAUAAGUUUUUUCCCCUUGCUGUUAAGAGAUAUGUUGUGUUUAAUCAGCAAAUGAGAUACAAAAGAGCAGCUUUCAUUGUUCUAUUAGGACAAUUUCUUGAACAAAUUUGUCCUGUACCUUAUAAUCUACAUUAUUUGCUUUCUUAGAAUGUCUUAUUUAUAUAUACACUUAUUUAUAUUUAAAAAAUACUCAACAUUGUUAACCCUUUACAUCCGAAGCACCCGAAAUGCGCAUAUUUUUUCCUUAAGCCUACAGUUCAUUGCGGCCAAACCCGUCCGUUUUGAGUUUGUUUACUUUCUUUUUUAGCACAGCGGAAAUCCCUUGUGUAUUACUAUUUGUAGUUCUACCGGAAGAAAGCCUCGUUGUGGGCAUUUAUUUUGAUACCAGUUUGAAUGCUUUGUGUUUAAGGGCUUAUUUUCUAUGAUUUUUUUAAAAAGUCAUGAUUUUUUUCACUGUAAAAAAUAGCUUUCCGAGCCUUGGAUGAAAUUUUGAAAGAACUUAGGCCUAAUGAAGCUUAACUAUUUCAUAAAUCUAGCAGCGAUAGUGAAGAAUCUGAUAUAGACAUUAAUUUAAAUGACGCUAUUAGUAAUAGUGAUUCAAGUGAAGAAGAUAAUAGUAAUAGUGGCGACAUCGGUGACAACGGACCUAUCAAUUCCACUCCAACUGAUCAGCAAGAUCAUGAGUGGUCUGGGAAUUGUUCACAAAUCAAAGUGGGAGGGUCCCCGAAACUGUUUUUAGAUGCAACUUUUGCUUUAAUCAUUUAUUUGUAUUUAGGUAUUUUUUUAUUUUCUUUUCUUGCUUCUAGUUUAUUUUCUGUAAAUUAAUUAGAUAAAGAACCUUCAUUUUAAAAAUGGAGUUAUGUCCCUUUGCUUGGUCGCUGGGAGUAGAAAAGGCUGAAUAGGCUUGGAGUGUAAAGGGUUAAGUCUGUGGAAUAAGUUUUAACAUGGACCAUUUUAGAAUUUGUGAUUUACCCUUAUAUAAAGUACAGGAACCUAUUAUGAGUUUGCUUCAGAUCACAUGUCAACAUAGUUGUCUCAUUAUAAUUAAGUACAAAAAACAGCAGUAUACUGUUAAGUCCAAAUGAUAACUCUGCUUGUAUCAAUCCCACAGCUGAUGAGUGCCUUCUCUGCGGUGUACCUGACUGGUAUCAUCAGCAUGUUAGGAUCAACAGCUUUGGCUGCUCAAGUCUCUGGACCCCUCUCCUCUGUGGCCGUGGCUCUCUUUACUCUGCAGUCAUCUCCCCUGACUAUGAUCCUGUCCAACAGCAUGCCUUUAGUGGAUCCCUCCACUUUCACAUCUCCUCUCUACAACAGAGGAGACCCUGGUUCAUUGGUCGUCACACCCAAUAAUCACUCUGAUUGGGAUGAAGGAACUAAUGAAGAUUUUCGCCCCCAAACGUGGAACAGGAAGGGUGGCUGGAAUGAUGGUUCUAUAGUCCCUGACCCAGGAGAAGAUCCCCCUUACGUUAUGAUGAAAUCUCAAGAAAAGGAAGAAUCUGGCGUCACUGAUAACAGCUCUACAUCUGAAGAUAAAAGGAGUACCAUUAAUCCAGCCCGUCACUCCUCUCUCUGGUCCCUUUGGUUUCUUGACUCUCUCUUAUCCCAACUUUGGGCAGUGGCAACUUUCAAGCCAAAACCCCUGAAUUUUUUGGGAGCAUCCCUUUCGCACAAGUCUGAUAAAGAUGAAUCAUCCGUUGCUGGCCCUGCUGAUCAAUCCCUUAAGUUUCGAAAGAGGGACCGUAAGCACCAUUAUAAGCAUUCUUUUGACUCCAGCUCUACUCCUGCAUUCUCUGAUCCUGCGACCCCGGCUUCAAAUAUUGUCCCUGAAUCUAGACUUGAAUCUGCUGGUUUAAACAGUGAGAAAUCAUGUGACUGUUACUGCUGUCUAAAUCCAGCCUGUGAUGGCUGGUUCGGAAAGCUUUCUGGAAAAGUGCAUUGUGGGUCCGCGCAUUCAUCAUUUUUCCCACGAGGACAGUCAAUGGAAUCAACUGAAUCUAAAUCUGAACGUCUUUCUGACCAGGCUUCCCAACCUCAGCAUUGCUGUCUGCGGAGCAGUCUAUGUUGCACAGAGCAGCUGCAGCUCCUGUUUGAUAACAUUGAUCUUGGUUCGAUCCCCCAACUAGGCCAGACCAAACGACAUAUUGAAAGCUCUGAAACUGUACCUCUCCUCUACUCCAGAACUGAUCAUCACAAGGUCUCUCUAGGAUUUUACACAGGAAUGUACCAGGCCUUGAUUGUUACUUGAUAGUUACUUUAUAGGCAUUUGAUAGUCACUUGAUGGUCACUUGAUGGUCACUUGAUAGUCACUUUAUAGUUACUUGAUAAUCACUUGAUAGUUAAUUGAUCAUCUGAUCCAAACCAAAUAACUUAUUCAGGACUUAAACACUAAGUAGCAAUAAUUAUAUUUUGAUUCUGAGCUUCACAAGGUCAUAUUUUUCUAUAAAUAACUUUGAACCCUCCUGCCUAAUUCAAAUAUUUAACUUUCUAUUUCUAUAUCAUAAUGACUGCUGAAUGUAAGGAAAUAUAAUUUCUCUAUACAAAAGCACAUAAAUGUAUUGAUAAAAGGUAAUUAUUAUAAAAAUUAAAGAUUGUAAACACACUAGUAAUUGAAAUGUUCUGGCACUAACACAUAAAACCUUUUAAUGGAUGUAUCUAUAAUAAUAAUUACAUAGCGGAUGUUGUCUGUCCUGCCAGGACGUAACUAAGGAAAAUCCGGUGAAAGGCCAGUUUCAUGAUUAUUACAUCUCUUUGAAAAAAUAACUGGGGCUUUACAUACAAAUUAUUUUCCUAAUAAUUUCAGACCCACUUGAAGUAUUUUCUCAGCCAGGAUUUGACCACAAAGCAGUUUAAAAGUGAAAUACUAUGAUGACACCUAAAGGUCAUAAUAAAUUGUGGAUAUAUGAAAUGCCAUCUGAAUUUAUUAUUAUAGAUUAUACACCACUUCCCUUAUUUUACAUGUGCAAUGUGGUUGUGUAGCCCCAUCUACUCAUCUAGUAAACUAAUAAAUACACAACCUUUAUACUUGCUCUAGUUGACAUGCAAAAGCUUUCAGAAAUGUUAUUUUAACUUAACCUACCUGGGUAAUAGAAGAUAUAUAUUUAGAUAGUAAAGCAAAUACAUACACUUCAAAUAAAUUAUAUAAAUUCAAGAAAAUUAUAAAUAUGUUUGUAAUACAUGAUAGUAAAGAUUGUUACCGGCAUAUAAAAUUAUUCUAUUUAAAAAUUACUGGUACCAAAAUGAUAAUUGAAAAACCUUACUGUCUGGACAUGUUUCAGAAAUAAUUUCAGAAUGACUUUUUAUAACUUUUGUGUAAAAAAAUUGCAAUUUAUUACUUGACUUGGGUUGAAAAUUACAUCAUACAAUUGUCUGUUAUAUUUAUUUUUCAAAGCUAAAGACUAAAGUUUGACACAUCAAAAAUAUUAGGACUAUUGUAUUUUGUUUAACACUACACUAACAAAAAGAUCAAUAUUAAAUUUAAAUGACAAUUAAAAAAUCUUGAAUAUCCUGUUCUAAAUGAAAUUUAUUUUAAAAUGAGAAAAAAUAAAAUGUAAUACUGUGAGACUCCUUGAGUUCCUUUAUCUUAUUUGAGUGUGAUUAUAAAAUUGUCAAAAUUUUGAGUUGUUGGCUUGAAAAUUAUUUUUAAAUGACAUAUAUUGGCUAAUUUAUAUUGCCUAGAUAUUUUAUUAUCAAAUACAAUUUCAACAUCUUUCAGUCAAAUGCUUUCAAUUUAUCUCAAAUAAUUGAACAUUUUUUGGCAUGUUAUCUUUCUGAAAGUAAUGAAAAAGUCCAGUGAUUAAAAUUUAUAUCAUUUUGCAAAA